AUGGGUUUUGAUAUUCCGGAGCCAUUUGUCUGGGACGAGACCUUCAAAGUUUUUUACAACGAGUUAGAUGAAGAGCACAAGGGCCUGUUUCAGGGGGUUUUCAACGUGGCCAAAGCCCCAUCUGACCAGGGUGCCUUAGAAUGUUUGGCGAAACUUGUCGAUGCCCAUUUUAAACAUGAAGAGGAAAUGUUCAAAGCUAAAAGCUACCCAGACGCGGAGAGCCACAAAAAAGCGCACGACGACUUCAUGGCCACUCUGAAGACGAUCGCCUGUCCAGUCGCUAACGACAAAAUCCACUUUGCCAAAAAUUGGCUUGUAAACCACAUCAAAGGAACUGACUUCUUAUACAAGGGAAAGCUGUAAAGAGGUUCCAGUUCCAGUUAUAUCCUCUAAAAUGGCAAUCAUUGUAUUUAUUAACAUUAUCAUUUUCUAACGAUAAACAUCAUUGGCCUUGAAAAAAGCCUGGUGACCUGUGAAUUUUAUCUAUAUUUCAUCUUAUAUGGCUUUAAAAUUUGUUCAUUUGAAUAAAUUUGUUCCGUAGAUACAUAAUAAAAUUUGAACAU